ACACAAAGAAAAAAAGAAUGGAUUUUCUCUUGUUUGCAUUUGAUAAGCCCCAACUUACACUAUAGCACCAUCCAUUACUUAUUGUUGUUUUUGUGCAAAGCAGUGUAAUAUUUUGAAACUCGGUUCACACCGACACGUCUCAGCAGACUCGACUUUUUAAACGUACCCUGCAGCUGCAUGAGGAGGGAGCAGCAGCCAGAAAGCAGAUUUUGUUCAUUAAACCUAGACUCCCGGCUGCAUAAUUUCACAGCUCAGGCUUCGCUGGGCUGCUCACGGCUACUGGACAAUUGAAACAGGUAAUUCUGUUGAUGGCCUCAGUCCAUAGCGCGUGUGCCGUUGUGCAUGGUGCUGCUGUGAAAUGAAAGGAGCUUGGUCCGAUGUGUGAGGAGGCUGUUGUUUUGCAUGGUCAUGAGAUUCGUGUCCGUGCUCGUCACACAUUCCAGAGCUCUACUCUCGCUGCCCCUCCUCUACUCUCCUCGUUCAUACCUGCCUGAUUCCGUUCAUCUUCCCUGCUCUCCUGUUCAAAUCAAGCCCCCAGUGUACUGGUGCAGCGCGCAGAGCUGUACAGAUGUGAAUAAUGUUGUCGGUCUUUGUGUUUACUGAUGUGUUGUGAGGGAUGUACUUCGGGGGAAGCGGCAUCAUUGCAGAGAUGCUGCAGGAGAAGUGAGGUCAAAGUCUUUGGCACCUUAAGAACAGGAAAGAGCCAUGAUCAGAGCUCCAGAACACGCAGACACAUCAUGGGAACUGGUCGUGAAGGUGGAUCAAAAAGACGGUGAAGAACCUGAAGCAGUGAAGCUGAGGGUGAAGGGAGACCUGCACGUCGGAGGCCUCAUGUUAAAGUUGGUGGAAAAGAUCAAGGUUCACCAGGACUGGUCAGACCACGCGCUGUGGUGGGACAAGAGGCAAUCCUGGCUGCUGAAGACUCACUGGACGUUGGAUAAGUAUGGAAUCCAGGCUGACGCCGACCUGCUCUACACGCCGCAGCACAAAUUUCUGCUGCUGCAGCUUCCCAAUAUGAAAACCAUCAAAUUGCCCGUUAGUUUCUCCAGCGUGGUCUUCAAGACAGUAACAGAGAUCUGCCGGAUACUCAACAUCAGAAGACCAGAGGAGCUCUCGUUGUUGAAGCGCCCGGAUGAUACGUGCAAGAAGAAAAAGAAGAAGGACAUGAGCUCACAGCAGGAGGAGAUCUGGGACAUUGACUUGCUCAGUGGGGGGCAGGGAGGCUCAGGUCCAAUGUAUAGUAAGACCAUGACAGCAACCUAUGACCCAGAGAACGGGAUGCCGGUAUCUGCCACCAGUGUCUGGUUUGGAGAAAACCCUCUAGCUGACUGUCAGCCCAACCUGCCACCUGCUGAACUGGCCAAGAUGUUUCAGUCCCUCUCGCUAACGGAUAAAGCGACCCUCAGUUCAGGGUGGUUGGACUCGUCUCGUUCCCUCAUGGAGCAGGGCAUUCAGGAAAAUGACAAGCUGUCGCUUCGCUUUAAAUACAACGUCUUCUUUGACCUCAAUCCUAAAUACGAUGCUGUCAGAAUCACGCAGCUCUACGAACAGGCUCGCUGGGCCAUUCUGCUGGAGGAGAUCGACUGCACCGAUGAGGAAAUGCUGAUGUUCGCUUCACUACAGUAUCACAUCUGCAAACUGACGAUGUCCAGCGAGCCGCUGACCCAGUCCAACGAACCAGAGGUGGAUGAAGUCGACGCGGCCCUUUCCAACCUGGAAGUGACGCUGCAAGGUGCACACGCAGACAAAAUUCUGGAAGACAUUACAGACAUUCCACAGCUGGCAAAUACCCUCCGGCUGUUUAGGCCCAAACGGUUGACGCUCCGCCCAUUCAAGGAGUACUGGUUUGUAUUUAAAGACACCACCAUCUCCUACUACAAAAAUGCAGAGGCGGCCAAAGGGGAACCAAUCGAGCAGUUUCACCUCCGAGGUUGUGAGGUAGUUCCCGAUGUAAACGUCACCGACAGGAAGUUCGGCAUCAAGCUCCUGCUUCCGGUUGCUGAUGGAAUGAACGAGGUGUACAUCCGAUUUGAAGACGAAACGCAGUACGCCAAGUGGAAAGCCGCAUGCAUCCUGGCCUCCAAGGGCAAGACCAUGGCCUACAGCUCCUACAAGACAGAAGUGAAGAACAUCCAGUCGUUUCUGAAAAUGAAGAGCCUGGCGCCCCCUCCUGGUCAGGAAGCCCCGGACCUCGACUCAAUGGAGAUGAAUCCUGAGUGUUUUGUUUCUCCACGAUACGCCAAGAAGCAAAAGACCAAACAGCUGACAGCACGUAUCCUGGAUGCCCAUCACAACGUAGCACAGCUGUCCCUGACGGAGGCCAAGAUGCGCUUUAUCCACGCCUGGCAGUCACUUCCAGACUUUGGUAUCAACUAUUACAUUGUCAGAUUUAAAGCCUGUAAGAAGGAUGAGAUUCUGGGGAUCUCAUACAACCGUCUGAUCCGUAUUGACAUGUCCACUGGUCUGCCUGUUACCACAUGGAGGUUCGCCAACAUGAAGCAGUGGAACGUCAACUGGGAGAUCAGACAGGUGCAGAUAGAGUUUGACCAGAACGUGUCAAUAGCCUUCUGCUGUUUGAGCUGUGACUGCAAAGUUGUUCACGAGUUCAUUGGAGGUUACAUAUUCCUGUCGACACGAGCUAAAGACCAGAAUGAGACGUUGGAUGAAGAAUUGUUCCAUAAACUGACUGCUGGCCAAGAGCAGCACAAGAUAUAGGACUGUGAUUCUUUAUUUGCAUGAAUGUUACAAUGUGAAAAUGUCAGCUUAGCAAUUAAACACCUGAACACUGAGCAAAUGUAUAACUGUAUCAUGGACAGGAAAAUAACACAUUUCUGUGUAAAGAUCACUGUCAACAGUUUUGACAAAAAACUGCUUUAGAGAUGAAGAGUGAAAAUCUGCUUUUCUCUGAAAACGUGGAUAGACAAUCAUUUGUCAGUUAUGUUUUUUUUUUAUGAAGAGUCCUCAUGUCAAUGUAUAAAAUCAAUAAAUUUGUGUUUUUGGAUUUUA